CCGGGCCGCGCGCGGCCUGCAGGCGGCCAUCUCUGGACGAGGCGCGGCCUGCGUAGGAGGAACGGGAGGCGGAAACCUCUGGGCGGGCUUGGCGGCUCGGCUUGUAGGCAGCGAGCCGCGAUGGCUGACCGAGGGCCGCGAGAGGAGGGCGGCGAGCCUUCAGCCCGCUACUUUUGCACGGCGGGACGCGGCAUGGAGCCCUUCGUGCUGCGGGAGGUGCAGGCUCGGCUGGGCGCCACGCAGGUAGAAUAUGUAUCAGGAAAAGUUUUCUUCAGUACAAAUGCUGAGUUACGUAUGCUGAAGAAGUUGAAGUCUGCUGAACGAUUAUUUUUGCUGCUGAAGAAAUAUCCUCCACUUUCCAUCUCUAGAAAUAAAGGAAAAGUAAUCCAUGACAUUCAAAAACUUGUAAAUGAGAGUCCAAAAUGUUGGCUGGAUAUUAUUACCCUUUGGAGAAGUCUUCACAGUCAGGAGGUGAAACAAGAACAUUUAUGUCAGGAGUAUCCAGAUUCAAAAAAACGGAAAUUGCAAGAGGAGGGAAAUACCAGAAAUAAGAAGAAGAAGAAAGAAGUAACAUUAGAGAUAAUUUCUGAUGAAAGCCAAAUAGAAGCCCAAGAAAGAUGUGACACAAAAGAGGUUCAUAAAGACUUGUCUCAAGGCAGGUCCUCUCUAGAGAAGAUUCCUCAGCUUAUCCAAGAGAAAUCUGUUGAGAGCAGCAGUUGCUUCAGCUUCAGAGUGUCUUGCCGCUGUAGUGGAGCACUUGCAAAAACAUUUACUGCACAGGAGAUGGGAAGAAUAAUUGGAAUAGCUCUUAUGAAGAGUUUUGGAUGGAAAGCAGAUUUGAGAAAUCCAGAUAUAGAGAUCUUUGUGCAUCUAAAUGAUAUGUACUCUGUGAUUGGGAUCCCUCUUUUCAGACUUCCUUUGGCAAGCAGGGAAUAUAUCAAAACUGCUGGAUUGCGAUCUACAAUUGCUUGGGCUAUGACAUCUCUUGCUGAAAUCAAGGCUGGUGCAUUUGUUUUGGACCCUACCUGUGGCCUAGGAACUGUCCUUCUGGAAGCAGCCAUUGAAUGGCCGAAUGUGCAUUAUUUUGGGAUUGACAUAAGUGAUUCACAGCUACAAGGAGCCUACUCAAACAUUAAAUCUGCAGCCAUGAUGGAUAAAAUUGAACUAUUGAAAGCUUCCGUGACAGUGCUCCAUGAAUGGGUCAGUAAACUAAGGGUUUCAUUGGAUAUUUACCUGCACCUCUUGGUCAGCCUUUUUGAGAGAAUAGCAUUGCCAUUUCCUUCGGAAAGUAUUGAUGUUGUUUUGGCGGAUAUUCCCUUUGGAAAAAAGUUCAAAAUAACAAAAGACAUGAAGAUCCUGCCAGAUGUUUUUCAGGAACUUGAAAGGGUGGUUUGUGCUGGAGGGACUGUUGUGCUCUUACUUAGUCAAGAGCUCUUUAGAAGCCUUCCUAGUGGCAUUGCCGAUGAUCCUCAAUUGAAGAAUCACAACUCUGUAGCUGCUCAUGGUGACUGCACCCAAAAUGCCACUGUAUCAGUCAAGUCAAAUACUCCAGAAAAAAGCAUUAGCCCCAAGACUGUUUCUUCAUCUGCUCAAGUCACUGGGAAAGAACACGUUAGCAAUAAAAGGACAGCUCUUGGCUCUCUGCUGCUGAUAGAAUCAUUUGAAGUGAGCCUAGGCAAAACUGAUGCGUUCAUAUGCAAGUAUAAGAAGAUAACAGACAGCCCUGCAAGAAUGUAGCAGCAUCCAGCCAGUGUGCAUGCUAGUUUGGAGCUUGUGCUUAAAAUAUAAAUCCAGGGCCACUGAGCACUGCUGAAUCAGCAUGCUGGGCAGUGUUGCACUAGUUUUCAGGAAGGCACCAGUGGAGCCCAAAGGCAUACAGAAGUGGAGCAUAACUGAAGGCCUUGUCUUCUGACGUUAAAGGGGUGCAUGCCUCUUGACUGCAAUGUUCUGUUAAUGGACUGCUCUCCCCAGGGAGUCUGACACCCAGUCUUAAUGGGAGCUUUUAUUAAGCUCUUUUUAAAUACCAGCUGCACUAUUUUUUACCUGCCUUCCUUGUGGUUAGUGUGUGCUAUUCUGUCUCUGCUGUCUUACUCCUGUGUUGUUUUGCUGUUUUAAAAUUGUUUUUAGAAGUUUUAAUGCCUCCCACAAGAGCUUUUGUUUGUUUUUAUAGAAGCACAGAUUUGUUCCCAAAAAGGAAUUGGAGAAGUUAUUUCCAUUACUUUGAAAGGAAAUGAAAAGCUUCACCGAAAGAUUCAAGAUAUAGGCCAGUAAGAAUGAAUGAUAAGGUCCUGCUUCCGUCCUUCUGCCAAGGAAUAUUUAUGUGUUGCGCCUCCUGAUACUAUCUGGAAGGCCAUAGGAUUAUUUGGAAUCCCAGCUCUUUGACCUCAGGGCAAAGAUUUCAAAGGCUGAGCCCCAAUGCACACCUUUCAUAUCUGGCACAUGAAAAGAAACAUGCCAGCUGAUUCCCCUCAUUGCAAUUGAACCUUGCAAGAGAAAAGGGGGGGCGCAUGCUGUGAGGAGAGGAGGCUGGGGAGGUGAACUUCAGACAACUCCACUGGGCAGCCCAGCCUCACUUCCUUGCAGUCUCUAGGAUUAAAACUGAAUGACCAUCUAGCAAAAGUAUCUGGUUUGCGGUGCAGUGGUGGCAGAUGUCACUGCUGCUAUCAUGCUUCUUUCAUAGGAUGCACAGAAGCUCCUGAGGCUUAUGUGCUACAAGAGACCUUAUUUUAUCUUUGUAUGAGUAUACCUCCUUGUGUUCAAGUAAAUUUGAAUAAAACUAUUUUUAAAGAGCA